GGAGACAUCUAGCUACUAGCUUUGACUUGGUCGUACUUUGGAAUUGCCCUUUGAGUAUUUCAGUAGCCUCAAAGCCAUUAGUCACGUGAACAUGCUUGCUUCAACGCGAACACGGAGGAGAACAGAAAACAGGCAGAGAAUUCACUCUAGUGGUUUUUUCCCAGAGCUUGACUCGCCUGUUUCACUUUGUCUCAUGUGGUUUGCCAACUGGGCACGUUGGGUGCGCCACUGGGUUUGUUCUUUAUCCCGUCCGCAAGAGACGUUUUCUGCUCUUUUUCAACGAAGUGUUGCUGCCGUGUUGCAAAGUAUAGGCAGUAAAUUGGAAAUGAUGGCGUUUAUUCACGCAAUAGCUUCCUUGGUUAUAGUUUGGACUAUGCACAUACACUUUGUAGCGAACAGCAGUUGUGAGUCCAUUCUAGAACCUUUAUUAAAGAAUUGCAGUGGAGCGAACGGAGUUAUGCCGGAUAUACUGCAAUUUCAGGUUGUGGGUGAGAUGUUCAAGUCGAAUUUUCAUAGUGAAAAUAUGAAGCAGCCCAACUCGAAGUGCAGUUUUUGGAGCUAUGAAGAAAUGAAGGCUGCUUCAGUUUCCCCAGAGUGGUUAAGUUUUCCAGUAGCGAAAAAGGGAGCUUUCGAAGAAUUUUUAGAAAGUAUUCUUUUAAGACCAACAGUGCUUCGUUACUCAUCAGAGAAAGGACUACUACUUCUCAAUCAGGAUUCGUGGCCUAGAUACAAUGUCACUUUUGCUACACUUGAGAUAGAUUUGAAUCAUCGUUGUUUCGGAAACUGGUUUAUUCGAAAGAUGGUUUUAGAAAGUUUUGUAGGAUAUGACACCAUAUUGGUGAAUGCAGUAGCACAGUAUUUUCAAUAUAGAGGUUACAUUUUACAGUUGCUGAAUGGACAUCUUAUUCAUUUGGAUGUGAUAUUUGAUGUUAACUUUAAAGGGGAAUCUUCCUGGUAUAAACGAAGUUUUUCAUGGGUGGCGAGAAAAGGCAAUGUUUUGGCCACCUCAAUAUUUAUUAUGGGUAUUACUGGAACUUUGGUGACCUUUGCUCUAAGAGAAGUUCGCUCACGUGUUGUAAAACUUACCUUGGAAUUACAGCAGAGAAGAACUCAUCAAACUUCCAUUACUGGCUUAUUAAUAAGAUAUUCUGUGGAAGGUGCCGUAUUUGUUCCUAUUAUUACUGGAAUGUUGUUCUUUUUACUCGAAUUCUUUGACGAUUAUCUACUUGCUUUUCUGGUUCUUGUUCUUGCAUGGGUUUGUGAGCUUUUUUGUCUUAUCAGUCGUCGUCAUUGGGUUUCACGUUAUUACUUACCUCGACUAUUCUUUGUAUAUUUCCUAGCCUUUCAUAUUUACUUUUUUUCAUUUCCUUGUGGUUUUUCGAAAGAAGCUCUUUAUGUUUGUGCAGCUUUUAUGCAACAUGCAGUCUUAGUUGCAUGGAACCGUUGGGAAGCACCCUUUUUAAGAGAAAAUGUUUGAACAUAUCGCAAUUGUAAAUAGUCACUUUCAUAUCUCUGUCUUGGCAAGUGUUUGUUUUAGAUGUCCAAUAGUUUACUUUUGGUGAACAGAACUGUAAAAGAGCAAGUUUUCUAUAUU